UUAGAUAGAAAGAUUGUGAUUGGCUGUUACGCUGGCUUCCCGGCGUCCGAUUGGAUCCUUCUUGUUUCCGGGGCUCCACCGUGCACUCUGACGUGUUUCGGUCUGCCCUGCUGAGACAGACUGGAGAGAAUGGCUGCCAGUGCAGAGGUAGGGAAGCUGUUACAAGUUCAGAAUGGGACGCCUCCAAGCACCAACUAUAACGGGGUAGAUGCCGUACACGCCUGCAAUAUCCUUCAGCAGCUUAAAGCUUUGUACGAUGAAGCUCAGCUCACAGACAUCGUCGUAGAAGUGGACCACGGCAAGACCUUCUCGUGUCACCGCAAUGUUCUUGCCGCAAUCAGCCCCUAUUUUAGGUACGAACUGGUUACAGUCGUGUCCAUGUUCACGAGUGGCCUUACAGAAAGCAGCCAACGGGAGGUCAGAAUUGUUGGGGUGGAAUCGGAAUCUAUGCACCUUGUCUUAGACUAUGCCUACACGUCCAGGGUCACGCUCUCCGAGUCCAAUGUCCAGGCCCUGUUCACCGCAGCCAGCAUUUUCCAGAUACCCGCCCUGCAGGACCAGUGUGCCCAGUUUAUGAUCAGCAGGCUUGACCCCCAGAACUGCAUCGGGGUUUUCAUGUUUGCGGAUGCCUACGGACACCAGGAGCUGAAGGAACGCUCACAAGACUACAUACGCAAAAAGUUCCUGUGUGUUUCAAAAGAGCAAGAGUUUCUCCAGAUGACCAAGGAGCAGCUGGUCAGCAUUUUGAACAAUGAUGACCUCAAUGUGGAGAAAGAAGAGCACGUAUAUGACAGUAUAAUCCGCUGGCUGGAGCACGACCGGAGUGGCCGCGAGGCCCACCUGGCAGAGGUGUUUUCCCAGUGCAUCCGUCUGCCUUUGCUGGACGACGCUUUCCUCAGUCAUAUACCUGCGCCGUUUGCGUGCGCCCUUUCCCUGUCGAAAGACCCCGUCGAGGCCAAAGCCCGCCUCACUGGCACCAACGGUUGCCCCCAGCGCCUGGGAAUGACCGCGUCCGAGAUGGUCAUCUGCUUCGACGCCGCUCACAAACACUCAGGGAAGAAGCAGACGGUACCUUGCCUGGACACGGCCACGGGGAGGGUGUUCAAGCUGUGCAAACCGCCCAAUGACCUCCGAGAGGUCGGGAUCCUGGUGUCCUCGGAAAAUGACAUCUACAUCGCCGGGGGCUACCGGCCCAGCAACAGCGAGGUGUCCAUCGACCAUCGGGCGGAGAGCGACUUCUGGCAGUACGAGCAUGCGGGAAAUCGGUGGCUGCCGCACGCGCCUCUUUUGCGAGCCAGAAUUGGCUGCCGACUGGUACACUGCUGCGGGAAGCUCUACGCGCUGGGUGGCCGCGUGUACGAAGGCGACGGUCGAAACGCAUUAAAGUCUGUCGAAUGCUAUGAUGCCAGGGACAACUGUUGGACGGCCGUGAGCCCGAUGCCGGUGGCCAUGGAGUUUCAUAGCGCCGUCGAGUACAGAGAUCGGAUCUACGUCCUCCAAGGUGAAUAUUUCUUCUGCUUUGACCCUCGUAAGGACUACUGGAGUCACCUUUCCCCGAUGAGCAUCCCUCGGAGCCAAGGUCUGGCCGCCCUCUACAAGAACUGCAUUUACUACAUCGCCGGCAUCUGCAAGAAUCACCAGCGUACGUUCACGGUGGAAGCCUACGACAUUGAGAAGAACAGCUGGAGCCGAAAGCGUGACCUGCCCUUUGACCAGGCCACCAGCCCGUACAUCAAGGCCAUGCCGCUGCAAGGCAAACUGCACCUGUUUGUGCGGGCCACGCAGGUCAUGGUGGAGAAGCUCGUGUUCCGCACCAGCCGCAAGAACUCCCUUUACCAGUACGACGACGAGGCGGACGCAUGGACCAAAGUCUACGAGACGCCCGACCGCCUAUGGGAUUUGGGCCGCCAUUUUGAAUGUGUGGUGGCCAAACUCUAUCCGCAGUGUCUGCAGCGGGUGCUCUGAUGCGGCUUUUUAGGUCGGUUGCGUGAACCGAAUCCGUGAGGCGAGGCGGCGGUGUGGUCCUGCCUGCCUCGUGCCUGGUCUUGCCGUACCUUCUUGGCUUUGCGCCACAAAGACCUUUUGUUUUUUUUAAUAUGUCUUAAGCCGUCGAACCUUUUGGGUUUGACAAGAUCAAAACCGGGGUGCUUUGAAAGAUUGCAGUAUUUCCCUCCCACCCCCGACCCGCCCGACAGCACCAACUACCCACACCGAGGCUUGCUCUAGAAAACCGUACAAUGAAUCAUAAGUGCAAUUACUCAACUUGUUUUGCUUCUUGUUGAGCCACGCUGUUUUCAUUUGUUUGCGAUACGUAGCUGAGGUUCCACAAAAGCAUGUAUGUACGUGGCGUGCGCUCUGGAGAUAUGAAUGCUACAUCUCAGCAGAAAGUCAAAUUCUAUAUAGACGUAUAUAAAUAGAUAAACUAUAUAUAUUCAUACGGGUAAUAUGAAUAGCAUUGUUCAUUAGUCAUUUGCUGACUCUGAGGUUUGUGUGUGUACCCCUCGCCCCUCAGCAUCCCUCCUCCGAGUCAAAUCUCUGAAACUUCUUAUUUUGAAGAGUAGUUGUGAUUUCCCGUCGUUUUUGUAUGCUAUUUGUGCAUCCUCUCCUCUUCCUCCACAAGCGCCAGUGUGUCACACAAUCCGCUCUGUGUGGCUUCUGAGCAAUUUUCACGUUUUUUGUUUGGAAGAUUCCAGUUGCAUGGGGGGCUUGUGCCUCCCACCCUUUCAGUUGGUGUCCAUUUUGUGUCCCACACACAUGAAGACAACUUGUGAUGUGUCAUGUUGGAAUAUUCCCUCUCCACAUUGGAGAAAUGACAAGAGUGAACUUUGUGUCAACACUAAGUGGGAAGUUCAGACCAACGACCAGGUUUACCUCAGAGACUUCAGAGUUAUUCCACGAGGAGGAGAAAGAGAGAGAGAAAAAAGGACAUUUCCGGACAUUUUGUGUUAAUGAGGCAACGGCAUUGAGCUCUGUAUGGCUCGCUUUGUGGAGCGUCAUUCGAACCGGAUGUAACCAGGCGAAAACGGCCUUCCUCCUAAAUGCAAAAACGGCAUUUGAGGUCUUUGUAAUAACAGAGCUGGAUGUUGGAAAGGUUUUUGUUGUAGCAAUAAUUCUCGGAACUGUGAUUAGGCUACAUGUCUUGAUAUGACCUCCAUGAAAGUGCGUCGAUUGUUUGCGCGUGCUUGUCAUAUAUUGAACUCGCACGCGUUCCACUGGAGCACGGGCGCAGGCUUGAAGCGACCUGCCGUUUAGCGCGAUGGCGCUCGAGAUGCCGAUGUGCCUGUGGUUGCGAGGAGAGCCAUCAGACUCGGGAGCGCUCCUCCUCGAUGAACAAUAUCGGAAAACUCAGCAUUGCACUGAAUCGCUCUCACUUCAACAGUCCUGAAACGCAGGCUCGUUUUGCAGAAGCACCGCUUCGGAAAAGGCCAUGAAUCCGUCUUGACGUGCCACCGCCGGUGGACUAACAGUUGGUGCUGCUUUCGUUUUUCUUUGUUUUUUGACAAUCUUUUCUCAGAAGUAAUACCGCAGCCAAGUGGCGUUUUUUUCUGCCCGUGUGACAUUUUCAGUACAUUACUGUCGAUUCCUGUGUCAUCUUUGCACUACAACUCAAGAAUGGCCCGCACUCAGCAACAUUAUUACAAUCGCCCCCCCCGCAGCCCCCACAAAAUUAAUAAUACUUGCAAACAAAGCAUUCAUGAAAAAAAGAAUUUGACACCACUGUGAAAUUAAAACCGGAGGCGCCGACUUUUGCGGCUCCCUGCAGAGUUGAUGUUAAAGCUUCAUUCACACUAUUUACAGUUGGCAAGCGAGCUAUGAGGAAUUCUCAGGAUUUCUACUGAAACAGUACUGUAUUGUUCAUUUUUGGUCAUGUGUAUUAUACUGUACUAUAGGUUUGCUGUACUUGCACAGUUUUUAAACUUCAGUUUCUUUUACAACUUGAAAAAUAGAUGUUUUGUUUUGUUUUUUUUUGGUUGUUGUUGUCUUCAGUGGCUUUUCCCACUUUUUUGUUGUUUCCUAUUUAGUUAUGGUAGAUUAAACCUGCUCUGAGAAGAUUGCCUGCACGAGUAAUACAGUUGAAUUGGACCCCCCCCCCCACACACACACACACACACACACUGUAGUACAGGACCGUCUCACCAGCAUUGCAGAUAAACUACUUUUGAAACACCAGUCAUGAAUGACAGUACAACAAGCUAAGAAUGCAACAGUAAAUUGAAGCGUCCACGGCCCUGGGCUGCAAUACAAAAGCUCAUCUCAUCAAGUGUGUGUGUGCGUGCGCAUCCAGGUGCUAUUUUACUCCAUUUCUCCUGCUUUUCUCCACUUUGCUGGUUUGUCUUUUCGGGGUUCUGGUUUCUAGUGGUUCGUUGAGCUCAACUGUGAAAUUCACGUUGCACAUAACUUGAAAAUAAAACAAUUGAAAGUGAA